UUAUUUCAAAGUGCGCGCUCUAACCUGGGCGCAAAAUCGAUUUCCUCAAAAACGUACUCGAUUCGAUGACACGUCAUUCAAAAAACUGCACAGCCCAUACAGUUUAUACUUAUUAUGAGCGGAAAAAUGAUGCACACAGGUCAGGUUUUGGCACGCAGGAAAUCCGUUUAGGAAAAGAUUCAGUGAAAGCCCUUGAUUGUUGCUCUCUUUGUCUACAACCAGCAAAGGAUCCUGUCGUUACAAAUGAUGGAUUCCUCUAUGAUCGAGCAGUAGUUCUGGAGUACAUUGUUUCUCAAAAAGCUGAAAUCCAACGAAAACUUAAGUUGUAUGAAAAACAGAAAGCUCGUCUAGAUGCUGAGACAAAAAUGAUUCUCAAGGCUGAAAAAGAGGAAGAAGCCCGACGAUUUCUAUCAAUGAAUACUUUAGAUACCCACUCGAAAGCCUCUGCACAAGCUGCUGAAGCAGAAGCUUUGGCCUCAUUGUCCAAUAAACGCAAUGGUUUGAAUGAAACAACUUCAUGUUUUUGGGCUUCUGGUAGCAAAUCAAAUGAGAAACUGAACAAAGAACUCUUAGAUAAACCUGAUACAGUUGUUCGCUGUCCAAUGAGUGGCAAACCAUUAAGGUAUAAAGAUUUAGUAGGUGUUAAAUUCACUACGUUUGAAGAUGACUCUAAGGUGAUGGGUUUUGGUCAAGAUAAACCAGUCGAUCGUGAAGUCAAGUAUUGUUGUGCCGUUUCCAAGGAUCCACUUACCAAUGCUACAGUUUGUGUUGUUCUUAAAACUUCUGGAGCAGUAGUUACUAAAGAAGUUGUAGAUACUGUAAUAAAAAAAGAAAUGAUUGAUCCUAUUAAUGGUAAAAAAAUGAAAUCAUCUGAUUUUAUUGAACUUCAAAGAGGAUCUCUUGGAUUUGCUGAUGAACGAACAUUAUUGACUGCUAAACGUGUUAGACCAUCAAUGCAAACUUGAAAAAUAUUUUUUUUUUUUUAUUUUAAACUGUACAUAGUUACAAGAAUUUUUUUGUACAAAAUCAAAUAAAGUAAAUUAUUCAUUUAUACUUUUUCUUUUUAAUUUCAGUUAGGGAUUAUUUUUAUUUUUUGAUUGAGAUCAUGAACCGAUUGGAUGCUGGUUCAGUGUGCUAAGCGUUCGCGCACGAGACUGAAGGCCCUGGGUUCGAACCCCGCGAGCGGGAUCGUGGAUGCGCACUUCUGAGGAGUUCCACAAUAGGGCGAAACGGCCGUCCAGUGCUUCCAGAGUUUCACUGGUGGUCUAACAUCAAUCGGUUCAUGAUCUCAAUCAAAAACUUAACAAUCUCCACAACAACUAUACUGAUAAAUAUUUUUAUUAUUAUUAUCCUAGUUACGUUUUCAAUUCAUUUCUAUUCAUAACAUAGUGGUCUACAGUAUUACAAUUUAUUGGAUGUUUGAAAUUACCAAUAUAUCAUAUUAAUUCGGAACAAAUCAGAAUUUUAAAGACUCCACAUGAUUUCUUUCAUGGUUUAUUGGAUCAUAUAGAGAAUGCAAAUAAACGAAUUAUUUUAUCAACAUUGUAUAUUGGAACAGGUGCAUUAGAAAAUGAAUUAGUUAGUGCACUGACAAAAGCUGUUUGUGAAAGAAAUGUAAAACUUACUAUUCUAAUGGAUGCAACACGUGGUCAACGUCCUUGUCUGACAACUAAUUAUUAUAGUACAAAUGCAAAUAAAUUAUCAUCUACUACAAAUCUAUUGGAACAUCCAAUUCCAUAUUCUUCAUGUCAUUUUUUAGCUCCACUAACUGCUUUACCUAAUGUAUCAAUCCUAUUGUAUAGGCAUCCAUCUCCAAACAGAUGGAUUCGUUACAUAUUACCGAAUCGUUGGAAUGAAAUAUUCGGUGUACAACAUAUUAAAGCGUAUAUAUUUGAUGAUUCAGUUAUUAUGAGUGGGGCAAAUUUAAGUCAUGAAUAUUUUACCAAUCGACAAGAUCGUAUGUGGAUAUUUAAAAAUUUUCCAAAUUUAGCCAAUUUUUAUUCUGAUUUAAUUCAUAAUGUUAUUAGUAAAUUUUGUUAUACACUAUGCUCAAAUGGUAGUUUAAUAGCUAAUCAUUAUGAUAUUGUUUCAGCUAGUUCAUCUUCAUUUCGACAACAAUUUCAUAAUGCAUUAUCUACAUUUCUAAUCAAUAAAUAUCAAGAUAGUAUCAAUCAUUAUAAAUUGAAUCCAAUAAAUAAAUCAAUAAAUGAUACUUAUAUCAUUCCAUUAUUACAAUAUGGUUAUUGUAAUAUUCAAUAUGAGAAAAAGUUUAUGCAAUCAUUAUUUCAAUAUGUUACGUCAUCAUCAUCUUCUUCUCCGUCGUCAUCGUCGUCGUUAUCUGAUUUAAUUCAUCAUGAAUCUUUCAAAUUAUUCUUAGCAUCAGGUUAUUUUAAUUUAACAAAAUUAUAUGAGAAAUUAAUUUUUAACAUGUUAAAUUCAACAAUAAAUACACCUAUUCAUUUAUUAUGUGCUUCACCAAUGGCUAAUGGAUUUCUCAAGUCGAAAGGUGCUUCCGGUUAUAUACCAUUAGCUUAUAGAGAAGCACUUAUACAAUUACUUCAAUUAUUUCAUACUACUAAAUUCAAUCAUAGUAAUAUCAAUGUUUAUGAAUAUACUAGACCAGAAUGGACAUUUCAUGCUAAAGGUUUAUGGAUUGAAAGUGUCGAUGAUGAUGAUGAUGAUGAUAAGAAGAAGAAGAAGAAGAAUGAGAAGAAUACUGAUGAUGAUGAUCAUCUUCCAUACAGUUUAUCUCUAGUUGGUUCAUCUAAUUUCAGUUAUCGUUCUUUAAAUCGUGAUUUAGAAAGUCAAUUAUGUAUUAUUACAACGAAUAGUAAUUUAUGUCAAUCUAUUUAUCAUGAAAGAUGUCAUAUUUUCUCAUCGAUUUAUUGUUCUCCUGUUACUUUAAAUCAAUUAAUUUAUCAAACUGAAUAUCGUUUACCUGUAUAUAUGAGAUUUAUACUACCAAUAUUUCGUUGGUAUAUGUAAAUUGUUAUCUAUUCUCGAUUUUCAUAUACUAGUUUCAUUGUUGUUUUUCUUUUCUUUAAAAGUUUAAUGAUUAACGGAUCAAAUAACAGUUAAGGUUAAGUGAAAUUACCAUCAUUGUAGAUCAAUUAUCAUAUUUGUGUACCAUGAACGACAGCGGUCCUCCCACGCAUUAACCAUUUACUUAUUUGAACACAUAAAUACUGGUACAAAGA